AUGUUCGUAUUCCAGGCGCUGCAACACUUCAGCGCGGUGAUCGAAGCGGCCGUGUCGGGCCAAUCGCUGCAGCUGUCGCCCAUGGAUCGGCAUAUGCAAAUGCAGCACGCUGCCGCCAACGCGUACGCCGCCGCGCAAGCCGUACGAUCCGUACUCCCGCAGCAGCUCGGGUUCACGGGCGGCCCGUCCCCGAUCUUCCCGCUGGACUUGCUGCAGACGCCGGCCGCCACGCUGCACCCCGCCAGCCUUUUCGUCCCGCACACCGCCUAUCUACUCCCCAGCACACAGGCUUUCCAAGCGGUCCCCCCGGCCUCCCCGGCGACGUUGCACAGCCCGCCGGUGAACACGCAGCCCGCCGUCCAACAAGUCACCCACCCCGUCGCCCAGAACCCGCCCGCCCAACAGCAGAUUGUUCAGCAACACCAGCAGCCCCACCCCUCCAACAGCCAGCAAACAAUCCAGAAUACGCCCAGCCACGCCCCCGUGAUAUCGUUACCUCCCGGACCCGUUGCCCCAGCCCUCCCCCCGACCAUGCCCCACUCGAUGCGCUCGCUGACGAUGCGCUUGAAACGGACGGCCCCUCAGCAUAGCCAGAUCGCGAGGUUGUCGUCGAAGGUACGGCGGGUUGAAGGCCGGCCGUCCACCGACGCCGAGCUGUCCCCCUCGGAGCCGCCGUCAACUUCGCAAUUGACACGACCACAAUCACUCGGAUUGGGACAGUUGUGCACCAACUGCCAAGACGGCACGCGCAGCUCGACGUGCUUGAGCUGUGUCCCCUGCCACCACUGCGUCGUCUGCCAACAUCACCAAGCCGCUUCGGCCAGCGCCUCCGCCCAGCCCCAACAAAGCUUGGCGGUUCCUCAGCUCUCCGCGACGAUGAGCGCGCAAGCGCACAGUCUGCUGUCCGCGCUGCAGGCGGCGCCGCCCGCGCAACAGUCGUCGAGUCCGACGCAACAAAUCGCGGCGCUGGCCGCGCAACAGGACCUCAUCCAGACGAUCUCACGCGAGCGGAUGAACGCGGCGAUCUGGUCGCGUCAACUGCAGGCAUACGACACGACCAACACGGCCGCCUUCAAUCAACGCCUCGCCGCCCCCUAUACCCUGUCACAAUUGUCGUUGACCGGACACCCUGGACAUCUUCUCGUCGUCCCCCGGGCCGGCACGAUUCCGAUCCAAAACGCCCGCCUGGACCUGGUGUUCACCACCCUUCCAUCCGAAGUGAUGUACGAGCGGCCGACGAUGGAGCGUCAACACGCGACGGCCGUCUUUGGAGGGCAACCCGUCGCUGAGCCUCAGCCCAUUGGAGCAUCACUCGACGACAUCGAGAAGAACACCCAGCGCAGCGAGUUCGUCAAGGAUCUCGAGAUCCCCGAAAAUGAGAAAGAGCGGUGUACGGUGUGCCUGAUGGAUUUCGAGUCUGGCGACGGUGUGCGCACCCUCCGAUGUGAACACCUUUUCCACGUCGACUGCAUCGACAAAUGGCUGGUCUACAACAAGAAAUGCCCGGUGUGCCGCGUCGAGGUGGACUGCCCGAAGGCGGCGCUGCUCGUCGAG